CGUGAAGAGAUUCAACAAUGGCUUAUAUUAUCUCUAGUCUUCUUCUUGCACUUUUGGGUUCAGUGCUUUGCAUGGAUCCUUUCUCCUACGACCAGUCUCUAACAUCCGAGUGCUUCACUGAGCCUCCACAAUCGAGUGUUAAAACUGGAGAAGGAUUCAAAGAAUUGAAGAUCAACGAAAAUGUAGUGGAGAGUGUUGAUCUUGAGGAAGGCAACAUAUACAGCAUUUCUGCUUGGGUGAAGUUGAGAAAUGAGAAUCAACGAAAAGUAGGAAUGGCUUUGAAGGGAAAGAAUGGUAGAAACGUUUACGGAGGGGAAGUUAUGGCGAAAAAGGGAUGCUGGUCUUUGCUUAAAGGCGGUAUUACCGCGGAUUUUACAGGCCAUUUGGACAUUAUUUUUGAGAUCGAUGGCUUAGCGACCGCGGAGAUAUCUGUACAAAAUGUGAGGCUGCAAGGGUUCAACAAAACUCAGUGGAGGCUACAACAAGACCAAGUCAUUGAGAAGAUUCGGAAGAACAAAGUGAGAUUUCAAAUGAUUUUUCAGAACGAAAGCGCAUUAAAAGGAUCAGUGAUUUCCAUAGAACAGAUCAAACCAUCAUUCCUUCUUGGUUGUGCUAUGAACUACCGAAUCUUGGAAAGUGAUAGCUAUAGAGAAUGGUUUGUGUCACGGUUUAGGCUAACUUCCUUUACCAAUGAAAUGAAAUGGUAUACAAAUGAGGCAGUGAGAGGCCUAGAGAACUACUCACUGGCUGAUUUAAUGAUGAGUACUGCAGAGGAAAACAAGAUUCUAGUCAAAGGACAUACAGUCCUAUGGGAUGAUAAGACUUGGCAGCCAAAUUGGGUUAAGAAGAUAACAGAUCCUGAAGAUUUGAAGAAUGUGACAAUCAACCGGAUUAACUCCGUUAUGAAGAGAUAUAAAGGGAGAGUAAUUGGAUGGGAUGUGAUGAAUGAGAAUGUGCAUUUUAGCUACUUUGAGGACAUGCUUGGGAAAAACGCUUCAGCUAUUUUCUACUCUUUGGCAUCCAAGCUUGAUCCUGAUAUACCGUUGUUUCUGAACGAGUUCAACACAAUAGAAUAUGCUAAAGACGGAAAUGGGAGUCCGGUAAAAGUGAAGAAGAAGAUGGAAGAGAUUGUUUCAUACUCGGGAAACAUGAAAAUCAAAGGAGGUAUUGGAGCACAAGGUCACUUUGCUCCAAAACAGCCCAACUUGGUUUACAUGAGAUCGGCAUUAGAUACUUUAGGCUCUUUGGGGUUUCCAGUCUGGCUGACAGAGGUUGAUAUGGCCAAGUGCCCGGAUCAGGUUAGAUACAUGGAAGAUAUUCUGAGGGAAGCUUACUCGCAUCCUGCGGUUGAAGGCAUAAUCAUAUAUGCAGGGCCUGAGGUGUCCGGUUUCAGCAAGUUGACACUUGCCGAUAAAGAUUUCAACAACACAGAAACAGGAGAUCUCAUUGACAAGCUGCUCCAAGAGUGGAAACAAGAACCUGCAGAGAUUCCUAUCAAAAACCAUGAGCAUAAUGAUGGAGAAGAAGGUCAAAUAAUCAGGUUUUCUCCAGAGAUUUCCCUGCUGCAUGGACAUUACACAGUGACUGUAACUAAUCCAUCAAUGAAUACAUUGUCCACCAGUUUCAGCUUGGAGGUAACUAAGGAGAUGGGUCAUCACCAAGAGGUUCAACUUGUAAUCAAUGCUUGAGAACUGAACCAUAGUUGUAUUAUACUGAGGGAUUAUGUAAAAGAUAUAUAGAGGAAUGCUUAAGAAUCCACAAUACUGAA